UAGAGUUUCCCUGUGUAGCCCUGGCUGUCCUGGAACUCACUCCGUAGACCAGGCUGGCCUCGAACUCACAGAGAUCCACCUGCCUCUGCCUCCCGAGUGCUGGGAUUAAAGGUGUGUGCCACCAUUGCCCAGCUUUACUUUCACAUUUAUGGAAAAAAUAUACAUACACACACACACACACACACACACACACACACAUAUAUGGUCCUUUGGUGUGUUUGGUAGAACUUCUGUCCUCAGCCCCCAGAUGCUCUGAGAAGAGCCCCCUAGGCAGCCAGUCCUGCCCAAUAUAGGGCCUCUGCACUUCUAUACCCUAGACAAAGCUCGGAGGGACACCUCCCCCAGGAGGCUGAGCCACUAAAGCUCUGGGGAUCAGGAGAAACAAAGAGAGAGGGAAAAGAGAGUGCUGACCGAGCCAUUGGCCACCAGCUGCAGGAGUAUAAAGAGGGAUCUGCAGAGGAUGUGGCACCAGAUGGAGACCCAGACUGUGCAGCGGGAGCUGGGUGAGUGAGACUCCGGAGGUGCCUUUGUCUUUCCUUCCUUUCCCCCAAGAGACAAAUGCAGAGGAAGACCCGGUUGUCUCCUGCCUAGAGGCAGAGAAAGCGGGGGACUUUGCUCAGUGAACAGCUUCAUUUGCUACCUUGAGGAGUCACCCAUAUGGCAAUAACCACAUGCCUAGAAAUUAAGACUGGGGAUCAGUAAGAAAGAAGUAGGUUAUUGGGCACAGAGGGGUGUAAUGGGCAGGAGAUGCUUCUUAUUUGGAGGCUCCAACAGAAAUGCCAGAAUUUUUGUGUGUUACUUCCUGGGCUGGAUACGAGGGUAGAAUCCUGAAUGUCGGUUCUGAGUCUAGAAACCCGAUAUAUACCUACCUGUCUUCUUUCUUUCUUCCCUCUCCUUCCUCUAUCCUUCUCAUUAUACCAUCAACGAUGACUACUCAACCUCUAUGGUCCUCAUUCAUAAAAUGGGGUGGUGAUGGUAUUUAACUUGUGAGGCCUAGAUAUAUUAAUGCAAGUAAAGCAGGAUCUGACAUAGAGUGAACUAUCAUUGUAUUUGUAUAAUUACCCAUUCUUCAUCACACACACACACACACACACAGAGUACUAGGCAUUAAGUCUAAUGGUUCACACAUGCUGGGCAAACACUCUAGUACUGAGCUAUAUCCCCAGCCUCCAAGACUACCCUCCACCCUCUCCCCACCCACUUUGAGAACUGGUCUCACGAUGUAGCCCUAGCUAGCUUGGAACUCAUAGUCCUUACUUUUUAUUUUGAGACAGUCUCAUUAAAUUGUCCAAGUAGAUCUUGAACUUGCAAUCCUCCUACCCACCAUUUCAAGUAGCAGGCAUUGAAAGUCCACACCACCAAGCCUGGCUUCAGUAAGUCUUUUUCAAAUUACCCUAUUCCCCAUCUAACCACAGCUUUGGCGUGGUGCUGUAUCAAUCAUCCAGGAGGUGCCAUCCCUGCUAUUGAGAUGCUCACCCAGUACAUAGCUAAGAAUGACACAGAUGAGUGCUGUGAGCAGGUCUGGGAAGUGAGGGAGAACUCAAAAUCUGCAGGCUGGAGAAGACAGCAAGGUCAAAACAGCUAGGUCUGGCAGACAGAGAGGGAGUGGUGGGGUGGACAUACAGAAUUAAUGGGUCAAUUUGGGUGUUGGAAAGACCAUGAAGGAUCCCAGUACAGGCUGCCUUUUAAUCGGGGCAAGGAAGGUGGGGAAUUCUGACCCUUCUGCCUGAAUGAUUAGAUGUGUGGAGUCUAAACAGUUGUCAGGGAGCUGAUACCAGGGUGUGUAAGACACAGGCAGUGUUGUUCAUUGAAGGUGAGCAAGAGGACAGAGGGCACACUUAUCAAGAGGUCCAAAUGCCUUUGCAGUCCUCCAUCUGCAUCACUGUCCUCAUUUUUACAGUGACUGCGUGUGAAAGGUCUGUUGAUGGAAAACCUAAGGUUUGGGUAGGAGCACCAGAGCCAGGAUCUCAAACAAAUUCUGGGACCUCAAGCCUCUUUUCCUUUCUCCUGUGCCUUCUUACCUCACUACGCCCAUCCUGAAAGCCUUAUCACUGAUGUGUAUGUCUUCCAGAAACUCUUCCAACCACCAAGAUGGCUCAGACCAAUCCUAUGCCAGGGUCCUUGGGGCCAUGGAAGGUAAGCUGAUCCAAUCACAUGGAAAGAUCCAACAGGCAGGGCUGAGGUGCUGCUACAUAGGAGCUACAAGGCUGCACUUAUUCUUUGACAGUUCCCAUCCAACAAAAUACUGUUCUGUAGGAGGAAAGUCCAUCCAACAUCCAGACACUGCUGGAAGGCUUCCAUGAUGGGUGACCCUGGAUGUCCAUGAUGGGUGGGAGAUACCACCAUUAGAUCCCAAACAAGCUAUGAGAUCCAGGCUCCCUACUCAGACUGAGGGAGGGUGGAUUUAGCCAUGAGCUGAAAUGGCAGACCCCAGGCCUUUCACUGUUUCCCUAACACUUAAUCCUUUCCUCAUUGGACAGCUCUGAGGCAAGUUCACAGUUUUGGGAGCUUGCCAGGUAAGGAGCCAAGUUCUAGUGCAAAAGACAAAAGAUUUAUCACAACCCCUUUAUAUUUUAGAAGAAAAGAAAUAAUCCACAGGGUACUUCUAGGAGUCGUAGAAUCCUGGCCUCUGGGUCAUAUGGGUGCAGGACACUCGGUGGAAUCAGAGUUGUCAAUUGAGCUUUCCAUUGAUCCUGAAAGACCAUUCUUAUCAUAAACUUAGCCUGAACAUGACACUGAGCAGUGGUACUAAUUUGAACCCCUUUUUGCCUUGUCUAUACUGGAAGAGACCUCAUCAGGCAUCCUGGGUUGUGGCUAGUAAUGAAAAUUACAGGAUAAAUACAAACUUGCACCUUUAUUCUUACUGCUGCACCCGGUUCUCUUUCUUGUCCCAUUUCAAUCCACUUCAGAUAACCAUCUAUGAUCAGGAGAAUUUCCAGGGCAAGAGGAUGGAGUUCACCAGCUCCUGCCCAAAUGUCUCUGAGCGUAGUUUUGAUAAUGUCCGGUCCCUCAAGGUGGAGUGUGGCGCCUGGAUUGGUUACGAGCAUACCAGCUUCUGUGGACAACAGUUUAUCCUGGAGAGAGGCGAAUACCCUCGAUGGGAUGCCUGGAGUGGGAGCAAUGCCUACCAUAUUGAGCGUCUCAUGUCCUUCCGCCCCAUCUGUUCGGCUAAUCAUAAAGAGUCUAAGAUUACCAUCUUUGAGAAAGAGAACUUUAUUGGACGCCAGUGGGAGAUCUGUGAUGACUAUCCUUCCUUACAAGCCAUGGGUUGGUUCAACAAUGAAGUUGGUUCAAUGAAGAUACAAUGUGGGGCCUGGGUUUGCUACCAGUAUCCUGGAUAUCGUGGUUAUCAGUAUAUCUUGGAAUGUGACCAUCAUGGAGGAGACUACAAACACUGGAGAGAGUGGGGAUCUCAUGCCCAGACUUCUCAGAUCCAAUCAAUUCGCCGUAUCCAACAGUAGUGGAUUAAAAGUCCCAAAUUGCCUCAAGCAUGAAACCCUGCUAAGCACUCUAGAAUUUUAUGUUCUGCCCAGACACUGCUUCCAAAUGUUAGCUGCUAAAAUCCACAAUAAAUGUCAUUUAAAAAAAAAAAAAAAAAAGCCUUGGAGACUGAAUUAACUACCACACACAAAUCCCUUUUGUGGCUGACAUUUCAAAGACAGUCUUGAUAAAACCCCAAAUCCCCGGGUCAGGUGGUGGUGACGCAAACCUUUAGUCCCAGCACUCUGAAGGAAGAGGCAAGAGGAUCUUUGGAGUUCAACUGAGGCCAGCCUGGUCUAUAGGGCUAGUUCUAAAACAGCGAGAGCCACACAGAAAAAUCACCUUGGAAAAUAAACAACCCAAAAAGGCCCUUGUAUGUCCUUGUCAGUUAUUUGCCAGGCCAACGACAAUAUUCUCCAUAUCAAAAGAAUAAUCCAAAUACUAUCACUAUAUGACUGAUUAUGCAUCCUUUCUCACUAUCCCCACCAUUCUAAUCUUAUCUUUCUCGCAUUUUUCAACUUAUGAAAAAAUAUAUAUGGUAAACAAAUAUCUUUUUGGGGGCUGGAGAGAUGGCUCAAUGGUUAAGAGCACCGGUUGCUCUUCCAGAGGUCCCGAGUUCAAUUCCCAGCAACCACAUGGUGGCUCACAACCAUCUAUAAUGAGAUCUGGUGCCCUCUUCUGGCCUACAGGCAUAUAUGCAGGCAGAACACUGUAUACAUAAUAAAUAAACCUUUAAAGAAAAAUUUAAGAGUUAUAAGAACUUGAGAAUUGGCUCAUUGGUUAAGAGUGCUGUACUGUUCUUACAGAGACUCUUGGUUCCCAGCACCCACUUGAGGUAGUUCAAACAACUUAAAUACAGCUCCAGAGAUCUGAUGUCUCUGGUCUCCACAGGCACCUACACAUACCUCACCCCACCCCGAUUAAAAAAAAAAUCUUCCUUUAAAGUUAUAAAAAUCUACUAAACACUCUCUAGAAGGCAAGAAGACAUCUCAAAGAUUAUUCAAGAAAAACUAGACAGGCAAGGCCAUGCCUUUAAUCCCAGUUCUUGGGAGACAGAGACAGGAUCUGUGAGUUUGAAGCCAGCCUGGUCUACACAGUGAGUUCCAGGACAACCAGAG